UACUACGAAAUCAAAAUGGAUCGGCUUCUGCUACAAUGGGUUGCUCUUAUGAUCUCCAUUACCACACUCUGUCAAGCUUGCCACCCUGCAGAUUUCAAGGGUCUAACCAGUUUCAAGUCUGCGAUUUCCCAAGACACUUCCGGCAGGCUUGCCAAGUGGGUCGGCCGGAACUGUUGCGGUUGGGACGGCAUCUCUUGCCACAACGCCACUGGCAGAGUCAAGGAGAUCAAUUUACCAGGCUUCAUAUCCACCGGUGAUAUCCCCUUUCAAUCUGAGAUGAUGGGCUAUCUUUCUUCUUCAAUAACUCUGCUUGAUGCUGUUGAGAUCAUUGAUCUUGGAGGGCUGAUUGGCCUUGGUGGAACCAUUCCUAAAUUCAUUGGCUUACGCCUCCGCAACCUGAGGAAGCUUUAUCUUUAUGGCAACAAGCUGAGAGGUCCACUUCCUGACAGCAUAGGUAAGCUUAUGAAACUUGAAGAACUUGCUGUCCAUGAUAAUAGGCUGUCUGGUUCGCUCCCUGCAAGCCUUGGCAGCCUCAUGUCUCUGCAUUCCCUGCAUCUCGAUGGAAAUAGGUUUUUGGGUUCGAUACCGGAUUCGAUUACGAACCUAAAGAAGUUGGUUCGGAUGGAUUUACAUAGCAACUCCUUCGUUGGUCGGAUUCCUGAGAGAAUUGGUGAGUUGCAGAUGUUGAAUGAGCUUGAUCUUUCGAACAAUUUCUUGAGCGGGAAAGUUCCCAUUUCCUUAACAAAAUUGACGGCUCUCUCUGUUUUGUAUUUGGAUAACAACAAUCUGGAGGGGCCAUUGUUGUUCCCGCCGGCUCUUGCUUUUCUUAGAUUGAAUGGUAACCGGCUUAGUGGAACCAUCCCUCCAAGUUUCGGGGAGCUUGUCUCUCUCAAACGAGCUUCACUUUCAAACAACAAACUUGAGGGGACACUUCCUUCUUCUUUGGGUCGGUUAUCAGCUCUGUCGGAGUUGUAUCUCGAUCACAACAGAUUCUCCGGCGAAUUACCGGAAUCAUUUGGGCAGCUUUCGCAGCUCAUUCUCCUGGAUCUCUCUCACAAUUUCAUUAAAGGGCCGUUGCCGGAGUUGUCGUCGCUUCAAAACAUUCAAACCAUUGAUCUAUCCUUCAACCGUUUGAGCCUGACCGCGAUCCCCCAAUGGCUGGCGAAACUGGCAUCUCUUUCUAAAAUGGGUCUUGCAGGGUGCGGAAUCCAUGGCGAAAUUCCAGAGUUCUUGCGAAGAACUCCAAGUCCGAUUCAGGAACUGGAUCUUUCCCUGAACUAUCUUACUGGGAAAAUUCCAGAAUGGAUUGGAAGCCUCACUGCGCUCUAUUCACUAAAGCUAUCACAGAACUCACUGGUUUACGAGAUUCCAGAUUCCAUUACGAAAUUACAGGACUUACGCGUGCUGGAUUUGCAUUCGAACAAGUUAACAGGCAACAUACGACAGAUCUUCAAGAUAGAACACGGAUUCCCAGAUGAUUCUUUAACGUACAUUGAUCUUUCCGACAAUAACUUCUCCGGGGAAUUUGAUCAAGUCGAUGUCGGACAACAACCAGCGAUUCAGUUUCUGAAUUUGUCGCAUAACAAUCUGAAAGGAAGAUUACCCAUUUCAAUUGGAGGGUUGAAAUCAAUACGAAGCCUGGAUUUGAGCUCCAACAAUCUGGGGUUCGACUUGCCAGAGGCUAUGGUGAAUGCCAACCAAUUAGAAACGUUGAAGCUGCAAAGAAACCAUUUUACUGGAAAAAUUCCAAAAGGGUUUCUGAAAUUACGGAAGUUGAAGGAAUUGGAUCUGUCGAAUAAUCUGUUAGUGGGAGAAAUUCCAGCGGGGAAGCCGCUGAGCGAUUUUCCUCGAAGCGCUUACAUGGGAAACAGAGGAUUGUGUGGAAAGCCAUUAAACCCAUGUAAGCUUUGAUGGAGAAGAAGAUGAAUUCAAAUAUCUUAGCUAUAAGCAGUGUUAAAUUACUGAUCUUUUCAAAGAAAAAAACGUCAUAUUUCAUUAAAAUUUUGCUUUUUUAGUGAACUCUUUUGUAUGAAUACAAUGGCGAUGCACUUUACAGAA